AUGCCACCCCCAAACCAACCACCCUCAAAACCCAUGCGCAUCCUCGACCCAUACGAGGCUAAAAGACUCUCCAAGAAACCUAUCACAGCAACCGCCGCCCCAGGAUUACACAAAUACCCCUCAUUAGCCGCCCGCGACACCGCAGGCCCAAGCCUCGUGCGCAAACGCUUCCUCCCAACUUUCAUAUCCAGCAUACGCGAGCGCUAUAGUGCCCUCCCAACACCAAUCCGACGAACGUGUCGCGCGCUCCGAAUAUUCGGAACCCUUGUUCCAAUUGGUCUAUUCUUCUCAGAGCACGUGGCGCGACUGAUGUGGGUGCGCGGACCGUCGAUGACACCAUACCUGAACGAAGACUACGAGCAGACACAGACAAAGAGCGAUAUGAUACUGGUCAGCAUGUGGCCGUUUGGUGCAACAUGGCCAUGGCAGAGACAAAUAAAGAGACGUCUUGAGCGGGGAAUGGUUGUGACGUUCCGAUCGCCGGCCAAUUCUUCGCAUGUCGCUAUUAAGCGCGUUGUUGGACUCCCUGGGGACCGGAUUAUGACUCGUGAGCCGUGCAUGAAAAGCAGUCAGAUUGUUCCGUACAACCAUGUUUGGUUGGAAGGCGAUGCGGAGGACCCGAGGAGGACGCUUGAUAGUAAUACGUACGGACCGGUUAGUAUCAGUUUGAUCACGGGUCGAGUGGUUGGCGUGGUAUCCCCGCGCUUCCGGUUGUUGAAAUGGCAGGAUUGGGAGUCCGGGAAGCUAGACGACGACGAUAAGUACCGCCAGAGUGUGCGGGGCCGGGUUUUGAAGGAGGCUGUAAGAAUGGAGGAGCCUGCAUUUGAGUAA